UGCGGGUGAUGAAAUGGCUAUGCGAAGGAGCUUUGUUUAGAUCCAGAAGUUAGGACAGUGGAAGUCUGUUGGAUUUUGAAAAUAAUUGAGAAUGUUGCUGCGAUAUUUGCAAGGCUGCCUUUGAAAGGGAGCAGUAAACAUGAAUGAUAGAGUUAAUUCUUGUUAACUAGCAAGUGAGCUCCCGGUCAUCAUAAAGCUUUGAGAUCAUAAACAAGAGUCUUCUUCUAAGACAAGGCACAUGACCCAAACAAAAUGCCAGUCAAUGGCAGCCCAAACAAGUCUAAGAAAGGCAAGAGGAUGUCUGUGGAGAGGAUAUACCAGAAGAAAACCCAAAGAGAGCAUAUACUUCUGCGUCCUGACUCAUACAUUGGAUCAACUGAAGCUGCCAAUAAAAGCAUGUGGAUAUGGGAUGAAGAUAAAAGGGCGAUUGUUAUGAAAGAUAUAACAUACAGCCCUGGGCUUUACAAGAUUUUUGAUGAAGUGUUGGUUAAUGCUGCAGACAACAAGCAAAGAGACUCUUCAAUGAACAUGAUCAAGAUUUCCAUUGAUGUAGCCAAAAAUGUAAUCAGUAUAUGGAAUAAUGGAAGGGGCAUUCCAAUUGAAAUUCACAAAGAACAGAAUGUUUAUGUGCCAACUCUCAUUUUUGGACAGCUUUUGACCUCUUCAAAUUAUGAUGACACUCAAAAGAAAGUCACAGGAGGUCGCAAUGGCUUUGGAGCAAAACUUUGCAACAUUUUCAGCAAGAAAUUUGUGGUGGAGACAGCAUGCUCAGAGUCUGGAAAGAAGUUUAAGCAAGUUUGGAAGAAUAACAUGACAAAGACUGCUGAUGCCUCCAUUAAUGAUUUCAGGGGAACCGAUUUUACCUGUGUUACCUUUGAGCCAGAUCUUGCAAGAUUCCAUAUGGAAACAUUGACAGAUGACAUGGUUGCACUUCUGAAGAGGAGAGCAUAUGACAUCGCAGGUGCCUUAAAAGGAGUAACUGUUCUUCUGAAUGGAGAAAAACUCAAGGUCAGAGGCUUCAAGGAAUAUGUUGACCUUUAUUUGAGAGGUGCCAAAAAAGACGAAGAUCAGAAGGUUGUUCAUGAAAUUUGCAAUCCAAGAUGGGAAGUUUGUGUUACUGUCAGUGAUUGUGGAUUUCAGCAAGCCAGUUUUGUCAACAGUAUUGCUACUACAAAGGGUGGAACGCACAUAAACUACGUAGUGGAUCAGGUUGUUUCAAAGAUGAUUGUGGCUGUGAAAAGGAAAGCAAGCAAAGAGCUCAAUAUAAAGCCAUUCCAAAUUAAGAACCAUCUUUGGGUUUUUGUUAACUGCUUGAUUGAAAAUCCUGCUUUUGACUCUCAAACAAAAGAGAACAUGACCCUGAAUCAAAAAUCUUUUGGAUCGACUUGUGAACUCUCUGAGAAGUUUAUCAAAAUGGUGCAAGGUUGUGGUGUUAUGGACAGCAUUAUGUCUUGGGUGAAAUUCAAGACGCAAGAGAAAUUGAACAGCCAGUGUUCAGGUAUCAAGAAGACCAAGCUAAAGGGAAUUGCAAAGCUUGAUGACGCUAACGAUGCUGGUACCACCAAAUCGCAAAACUGCACACUCAUUCUAACCGAAGGAGAUUCAGCCAAAACAUUGGCAAUCAGUGGUCUUGGGGUUGUUGGCAGAGACAAGUAUGGUGUGUUCCCUUUGCGUGGUAAGCUGCUGAAUGUACGGGAAGCAACUAGUAAACAGAUAAUGGAAAAUGCUGAGAUCAACAAUGUGGUGAAAAUCUUAGGACUCCAGUACAAGAAGAAGUAUACAAGUGAAGCAGAUUUGAAAUCCCUGCGUUAUGGAAAGUUAAUGAUAAUGACAGAUCAAGAUCAAGAUGGGUCACACAUCAAAGGACUCCUCAUCAAUUUCAUUCAUCAUAAUUGGCCUAGUCUUCUACAAACAAACUUUCUAGAGCAGUUCAUCACUCCAAUCGUCAAGGUUUCGAAGGGCGGUCAGACGUUUUCAUUCUUCAGCUUGCCGGAAUUUAGAGAAUGGAAAGACAGAACUCCGAACUCGAAAUCAUGGAAAGUGAAGUACUACAAAGGUUUGGGUACAAGCACAAGUAAAGAAGCCAAGGAAUAUUUCAGUGACAUGCUUAGGCAUCGAAUACAUUUUGAUUACGAUGGGCCAUCAAGUGACCAAGCAAUCGAGCUUGCAUUCAGCAAGAAGAUGGUAUCAAACAGAAAAGACUGGCUAACAUCUGGAAUGGAGGAAAGGAAAAGACGAAGGGAGCUUGGAAUGCCAGAAAUCUACUUGUAUGGAACAGAAACAAGGAAAGUGACUUAUACAGAUUUCGUCAAUAAAGAGCUGAUACUGUUCUCGAAUGCAGACAAUGAAAGAUCGAUCCCAUCUCUCGUCGACGGGCUCAAACCUGGUCAAAGGAAGGUUCUUUUCACCUGCUUGAAGAGGAAUGAUAAACGAGAAGUAAAAGUUGCACAACUUGCCGGUUCUGUUGCAGAGAUCUCAGCAUAUCAUCACGGUGAAAUAAGCUUGAUGGGCACAAUCGUGAAUUUGGCUCAAAAUUAUGUUGGUUCCAACAACAUAAAUUUGCUUCAGCCUAUCGGCCAGUUUGGGACACGAAUCAAUGGAGGUAAAGAUUCUGCUAGUCCGCGUUACAUUUUCACAAUGCUGAGCCCGUUGACCCGCUUGCUCUUCCCUGUUUUGGAUGACCCAAUUCUUAACUACAAUUUUGAUGAUGGCUUGAAGAUAGAACCAGAGUGGUACUGUCCAAUUCUGCCAAUGGUUUUGGUGAAUGGUGCAGAAGGGAUCGGGACAGGUUGGUCAACUAAGGUACCAAAUUACAACCCUAGAGACCUUGCUGAAAACAUUAAAAGAAUGAUUGCUGGCGAAGCUUUGAAGCCAAUGAUUCCCUGGUACAAGAAUUUUAAAGGCACCAUUGAGGAAGUUGAACCAAACAAAUACAGCUGCACUGGAUGCUAUAACAUAGUCGAUGAUACAACUGUUGAAAUCACAGAAUUGCCAGUCAAAACAUGGACAUCAAACUACAAGGAAAGUGUUUUAGAGUCUUUUUUGCAUGGAACGGAGAAAGUGAAACCGUGCAUAAGUGAUUACCGCGACUGUUGCACAGAUAAGACUAUCGACUUUUUUGCUACAAUGGGGGAAAACGAACUGGCAAAGGCUGAGCAAGAAGGAAUCGUGAAAAAGUUCAGGCUCGAGGGCUCACUUCCUUGCACUUCAAUGGUGCUGUUUGAUGCAAAAGGAGUUUUGCGUAGGUACAACACUGCAGAGGAAAUUCUGAAGGAGUUCUUUGAGGUGAGAAGGCAUAAUUACCGAGAGAGGAAAUCCUAUUUGAGAGGAAUGCUUGAAGCAGAGGCGUUAAAAAUGGAAAACCAAGCACGGUUUAUUCUGGAAAAGAUCGACGGCAAAAUUUUUAUUGAAAAUCGCAGCAAGAGAGAUGUUGUUACGACUCUAGUCGAGAAGGGGUACAUAUCGGAUCCGGUCAAAGCAUGGAAGAAAUCAAUUGAGAAGGAGGUAGUGCUGGACAAUGAGAGCGAGGAUGGUAGUGUUGUCAGUAGUGACGCUGGUCCAGACUUCAACUACAUCUUGAAUAUGAACCUAUGGAGUUUGUCUAAAGAGAGGAAAGACGAGCUUUUAUCUGAACGUGAUAAGAAGAAAGCAGAACUUGAAAUGCUGCUCCAGAAGACACCAGAAGAUCUCUGGUUGAACGAUCUGGACGUUUUCCUUGAGGAAUUAGAGAGAGUUGAGGCGACGGAGCGUGAUGAAGACGAGGCCUCAAGGAAGAGUGCCAUGGCAUCGAGAGGAGGGCGACAGCAAAAGUUGAAAGUGACGAAGAAGAAAGAGAAGCAAAAGACGACGGCAAAGACCGCUGCUAAGGAAAACAAUGUCGUGAAGAAAGAAAGUAAAGAGUCGAAUGACGCAGUUAGUGAAAAGGGCAGUGAAAAGAGCAGCAAAAAGGACAGCGAAAAGGACAGCGAAAAGGACAGCGAAAAGGACAGCGAAACGAGUAGUAAUAUCACAUCAGGAAUCUUGUCACUUGCAGAAAGAUUGGCUCAAAAGAAAGUUUUGAACGGGACCAAAAAGCAAUCAACACUCAGUUUCGAUGGAGCAAAAAUAAAGAAGAGACCAAAGAAGCUUACGAUUCCAUCUUCGGAUGAAGAAGAUUUCCACAUCUCCGAUGACGAAAGGGAAGAUGCGUUUCUUCCGUCGAAAAAGAGGAAACUACCAGCGCUUGAAAAGCCCAAGUCGUCUCUGGUCUUCGAGACCAUAGAAUCAGAUGGUGAAAACAGCGAAGUGGAAAGAACAAAAGAAUUAAUUCAACGACUGACACCCAAGAAGAGCAAAGAUGCUAGCCACGAAUCAGCUAUGGCUUCGGACAAGUCAUUGGACAAGUCAUUGGAAAAGUCAUUGGACAGUGACAAAGACUCUGAAAUUGCUGUAAUUGAAGAUGUUUCAUCUCCGCCGGCAGCGAAGAAAAAAACCAUAGCUGCUAAAAAGCCAGUCGGUCCCAGGGCAGUGAAAGCUGCGGCAAAGGGGGCUGCAACAAAGAAGAGGGGGGCGGCGAAGAAAGAUGAAAAGCAAAUGACUUUAUUUGCAACAGCAGCAAAAGCAAUGGACAAGAGGAGAGCUGCAUUGCUGACAGAUAGCGAUGAAGAUUCUGCACAGCCAGUCGCAUCUGAAGAGAAGCCAGUGAAGGGAGAUCCCAAAAAAGACACAAAGAAAAGAGAAAAGGCGAAACCAACUAAAGUUGCUGCAAAGAAAAAGAAGGUUUUUGCGGACAGUGAUGACGACGAAGACAGGUUUUCGUUUGAUGAUUCUGAUCCGGGGCCUUCGAAGCCGUCUCGUUCCCGUGCUACAAGAAAAGCCAAUAAAGUCAGUUACAGGUUUGGGGACUCGGAUGAAAGCGAGGGUGAAGAAGACAAGAGCCAAAGCCUUGUGAUAUCCGAUGAUGAUGAUGAUGGCAGUGAUUUUUAGGCUCGUAGUUUCAUGUUUAAGAUGCUCGAAUCCUGGUCUUUGGUGCCAACAAACGUCACUGGUUGUUUUGCAACCUGCUACUCCGCGGUUACUUCACGGUAGUUGACUAAAUCGGUAUGCCUAAUUAUACGUCAGGCUUAAACAGCAAGCAGACAUCGUGGUGAUAUGAAGUAAUUCGAUGUACACAGGGUUUUCCUGUCCAAAUAUUGCCACGUGCUGUAGAAUUAAGUACCCUGUGGCCGCUUAACGUUAUUAACGCAGAAUUUUAUUUAUUCCAUAGGAGUCUGUCCGGCUGUUUCGGUUCAUCAGUAGUAUUGUCAUUAAUUUUCAAUGUGUUAUUUGACCUGGGUUCAAGACUUUAUCAAGCAGCAAACCUUGCCAUUCCCCAAAGCCCUGGUAUAGUGGUUUAUCCCAUUUCUAGCUGCAAGUUUAUCUGUGAUCAGAUCAUAAAUCAGACCUUAUUUGCAAUUAGGAAUCUAGUGGACAGGACUUUGGUAAUCAAGAAGCCAAUACAAAUAUUCAAAUCAUAUCUUUCUUGGUUUGUUACAGUUAUAUUUUAUCCAUGUUAAAUAAUUUGAGUUAGUCCUGAUACUUUUAUUGAUUUUAUAUUAAGCUCAGAUAAGUUGAAAAAACGUGUGUUUUUGUAAAUAUAAUUUUAGGGACAUUGCAAAAGGCAAUUAGAAUGAUUUUUCUUUACAUUUGAA